AUGGGGCUGCCCGCGCUCGAAUUCAGUGACUGCUGCCUCGACAGCCCUCACUUCCGAGAGACGCUGAAGUCGCACGAAGCGGAGCUGGACAAGACCAACAAAUUCAUCAAGGAGCUCAUCAAGGACGGGAAGUCACUCAUCAGCGCGCUCAAGAAUUUGUCUUCAGCGAAGCGGAAGUUUGCAGAUUCGUUAAAUGAAUUUAAAUUUCAGUGCAUAGGAGACGCAGAAACAGAUGAUGAAAUGUGUAUAGCAAGGUCUUUACAGGAGUUUGCCACUGUCCUCAGGAAUCUUGAAGAUGAACGGAUACGAAUGAUUGAGAACGCCAGUGAAGUGCUCAUCACUCCCUUGGAGAAGUUUCGAAAGGAGCAGAUUGGGGCUGCCAAGGAGGCCAAAAAGAAGUAUGACAAGGAGACAGAGAAGUAUUGUGGCAUUUUAGAAAAACACUUGAAUUUGUCUUCCAAGAAGAAAGAGUCUCAGCUUCAGGAGGCAGACAGCCAAGUGGACCUGGUCCGGCAGCAUUUCUAUGAAGUAUCCCUGGAGUAUGUCUUCAAGGUGCAGGAAGUCCAAGAGAGGAAGAUGUUUGAGUUCGUGGAGCCUCUACUGGCAUUCCUACAAGGACUCUUCACUUUCUAUCACCAUGGUUAUGAACUGGCCAAGGACUUCAAUGACUUCAAGACACAGUUGACUAUCAGCAUACAGAACACAAGAAAUCGCUUUGAAGGCACCAGGUCGGAGGUGGAAUCCCUGAUGAAGAAGAUGAAGGAGAAUCCCCUCGAGCACAAGACUAUCAGUCCUUACACUAUGGAAGGGUACCUCUACGUCCAGGAGAAACGUCACUUUGGAACUUCCUGGGUGAAGCAUUACUGUACAUAUCAACGGGAUUCUAAACAAAUCACCAUGGUACCAUUUGACCAAAAGUCAGGAGGAAAGGGGGGAGAAGAUGAAUCAGUCACCCUCAAAUCCUGCACACGGCGGAAAACAGACUCCAUUGAGAAGAGAUUUUGCUUUGACGUGGAAGCAGUAGACAGGCCCGGGGUUAUCACCAUGCAGGCAUUGUCUGAAGAGGACCGAAGGCUCUGGAUGGAAGCCAUGGAUGGCAGGGAACCUGUCUACAACUCAAACAAAGACAGCCAGAGCGAAGGGACUGCACAGUUGGACAGCAUUGGCUUCAGCAUCAUCAAGAAAUGCAUCCAUGCUGUGGAAACCAGAGGGAUCAAUGAGCAAGGGCUCUACCGAAUUGUGGGGGUCAAUUCCAGAGUGCAAAAGCUGCUGAGCGUCUUGAUGGACCCCAAAACAGCUUCUGAAACAGAAAUGGAUAUCUGUGCCGAGUGGGAGAUAAAGACCAUCACUAGUGCUUUGAAGACCUACCUAAGAAUGCUUCCAGGACCACUCAUGAUGUACCAGUUUCAAAGAAGUUUCAUUAAAGCAGCAAAGCUGGAGAACCAGGAGUCUCGGGUCUCUGAAAUCCACAGCCUUGUUCAUCGGCUCCCAGAGAAAAACAGGCAGAUGUUACAGCUGCUCAUGAACCACUUGGCAAAUGUUGCUAACAACCACAAGCAGAAUUUGAUGACAGUGGCAAACCUCGGCGUGGUGUUUGGACCCACCCUGCUGCGUCCUCAGGAAGAAACUGUAGCAGCCAUAAUGGAUAUCAAGUUUCAGAACAUAGUCGUUGAGAUCCUAAUAGAAAAUCAUGAAAAGAUAUUUAACACCGUGCCAGACGCGCCACUCACCAAUGCCCAACUGCACCUGUCUCGGAAGAAGAGCAGUGACUCCAAACCCCCGUCCUGCAGCGAGAGGCCCUUGACGCUCUUCCACACCAUGCAGUCAACAGAGAAACAGGAACAAAGAAACAGCCUCAUCAACUCCAGUUUGGAAUCUGUCGUCUCUUCAAAUGCGAACAGCAUCCUCAAUUCCAGCAGCAGCUUACAGCCCAACAUAAACUCCAGUGACCCAGACCUGGAUGUGCUCAAACCCACCCGGCCCAACUCACUCCCCCCGAAUCCAAGCCCAACUUCACCCCUCUCGCCAUCUUGGCCCAUGUUCUCGGCGCCAUCCAGCCCUAUGCCCACUUCAUCCACGUCCAGCGACUCAUCCCCCAUCAGGUCUGUUGCAGGGUUUGUUUGCUUUUUUGUUGCUGCCGUUGUUCUCUCAUCGGCUUGGUCCUCUCUUCAUGCAGUGUUCAGCCUCCUCGUCAACUUUGUUCCCUGCCAUCCAAACCUGCACUUGCUUUUUGACAGGCCAGAAGAAGCAGUUCGCGAAGACUCCAGCACACCAUUCCGGAAGGCAAAAGCCUUGUAUGCCUGCAAAGCAGAACACGACUCCGAGCUCUCAUUCACAGCAGGGACGGUCUUCGAUAAUGUGCAUCCAUCCCAGGAGCCUGGCUGGUUGGAGGGGACUCUGAAUGGAAAGACGGGCCUCAUACCUGAGAACUACGUGGAGUACCUCUAACCAGGAGCCCUGGCAGAACUGCUGAGCUUUCCACUGUAUCCAUGACAACUGCUGAUUCCAGUGUUGUGGACCAUUGCUCUUUGCCGCUGAGAAAUACAGGGUGACUGACUCUGCUGCUACCUGUCAGCACGAACGUUUUCCUAAACUCUGGUGUCACACAUCCCCGUGAUCAUCUCAGCUGACAUGCGGUGAUGCUGCAAGAAACAGAAGGAAACCGGCAGAGGAGGCCAUGUGAUUUUGAUUACCACGAGAAAGGCUUACAGAGCCAUGUCUCUCAUUUAGCACCCUAUAUGGGGUGUGCUCAUUUUGUUUUCACAGUCAUCCAAAACCCAACCUUCUGAAAAAGGAAGUAAAUGAGAUACAAGUAGUCCCCAAGACCAUGCAGUGUAGCCAGCUCUGACAGGGCUGGGCAGUGGCCUGAGAUCCAGGCUGGGUCCACUGCUUUUGUUUACAGUAGACACUCACUCUAUCCCACCUCUGAAUACUUGAGCCCCGCAGUGCUCUGGGCUGCUGGGUCUGUUUGUUUGCAUGAAGGAUGGAGAGGGGUCACGGCACUGGUUAUACAAGAUCCAAUCUCACCAUCUCUAAAGCAGCCAUUGGCCCAGCAUCAGCAGAAUUCUGUCCAGUCCUCUCAUGCAAGAGAACACACACACUCCAGGGCCCCCCUUCCAAGCUGGGAACUUCUCUGCCACCGAGGGCUGCCAUCACCUCAUAACCAUGGCGACCCAGCCUGCUCUAAACCAAACCAAAAAGUAACUCACAAUCUUUGUAUGACAUAUUUUUUUGCCUCCUCCCCCUUUCAGUCAUUUUGUGAAUGGUUUUCCAACAACCCUGGUCAAGUUCUGUGCUUCCCGGAUGGGUCAGCUGGUAAAGAAUCCGCCUGCAAUGCAGGAGACCUGGGUUUGAUCCCUGCGUUGAGACGCUCCCCUGGAGAAGGGAAAGGCUACCCACGCCAGUAUUCUGGCCUGGAGAAUUCCAUGGACUGUAUAGUCCAUGGGGUUGCAGAGAGUCGGACACGACUAACUGACUUUUAAUUAACAAGGUCUACUCGGGGGCAGAUGGAAUAGCAGCUGAGAACUGUUCCCUUUUUGAUGAAUUUCAGCAGCACCAAGAUAUAUUUGGAGCAAACUCUAGUAACCUCUUGAGAUUAAAUUACAUACAGGCUUAAUAUUUCUGUUCUUGCAUGCAACUCGUGUCUGUUUUCUAGAGGGCAACAUGCUGCCUCCUAAAGAGGGACACCCUCUAUCUCUCUCAUUCCUUCCUGUUCACCUGUCCCUCCCCCUGCCCUUGCCUGCCUCUAGCCUACCACUGACCAGCUCCCCUGGCCAGGCCCUGGGUUGCUCAGCACUGGUGCCUGGAGGUUUUCAGGCAUGACUCCUGAGCUAAUAACCCCAUGGCCUCCAGUUUAAAAGGACAUACAUGUUCACUGCCACUCAGAAAAAGGGAAUUGUUUCUCAGGCUUUUGGGGCGUGAGACUAAUAUCAUAAGCCAUUGUGAUUUAGGAGGAUGCCACAAGGUUGGGGCAUGGAAGGUGGGAUGGGUACCUUCUGAGAAAGAGGAUUUCCUGGACCAGAAAGGGCUGGGUCUUGUGGAAGACCACCUUGGAUGGGGAAGUUUGGCCUGGACAUUUCAACUCCACUUGGCUUCCAAAGAAGAGAGUCCAAGUAU